CGGCUGACUUGGAGCCCACAGUUCGUGACCUCAUCCGAGAGUACCACGACGUUUUCCCAUCGUCGUUCUCGUACGCCGGCAUCCCACCGAUGCGUGACGUCGAGCACUCCAUUCAGCUCGUGCCUGACUAUCGUGUUCACCACCAGGCACCCUACAGACUCUCGAUCCCCGAGGCCACCGAACUCAAGCGUCAGCUGGAGGAGCUCCUGAGACUGGGUUUCAUUAAACCCAGCAACUCCCCGUGGGGUGCACCSGUCCUCUUUGCUCGCAAAGCGGAUGGAACUCUUCGUCUCUGCAUCGACUACCGCGGUCUCAACUGCUACACGGUUAAGAACAACUACCCCAUGCCUCGUUCCGAUGAGUUGUUCGACCGUCUAGCAGGCAACCGCUUCUUUACGAAGAUUGAUCUUCGUAGCGGUUACCAUCAGAUCCGCGUCGCUGCAGCCUACCAGCCGAAGACCGCGUUCCGAUCGCGAUUUGGCCACUACGAGUUCACGGUGAUGCCAUUCGGUCUCACCAACGCACCCGCUACCUUCCAGAGGGCGAUGAACGACAUCUUCAGGGACAUCCUGGAGCAGUACGUUCUCAUCUACCUCGACGAUAUCCUGGUCUAUACAGUAGCAGAGUUCCAUGACCAGGCAGCUGCCGGUCAUAUGGGCUUCCACAAUACGUUGGCUCGUGUGAGCCGCCUGUACGUCUGGCCGAAGCGCAAGGAUUUUGUGAAGGACUACGUCGCAGAGUGUCCCACCUGUCAGGAGGUGAACAGUGCGAACCACCUACCUUAUGGUUUGCUCCAGCCUCUUCCUAUCCCUGAGGGUCGUUGGCAGUCCAUCUCGAUGGACUUUAUCGGUCCUCUUCGACCUCCGACCACCCGCGGUCAUGAUGCUAUCCUGGUCGUCGUCGACUGCUUCACGAAGCGUGCACGCUUUGUUCCGUGCCGCUAUGCCAUCAGUGCACGUGAGGUCGCCGACAUCGUAUUUGACCGAGUCGUGCGUGACCACGGCUUACCUCUGAGCAUCAUAUCUGACCGUGACCCGCGCUUUACCAGCCAAUUCUGGCGACGGCUCCACGAGGUGUACGGCACUCAGCUCCGCUUCUCCUCGUCUUACCAUCCUCAGACUGAUGGUCAGACCGAGAUCACAAACAGGACUCUCGGGGAUAUUCUCCGAAAGAUUGUUCGUAACGACCAGCAGUGGGAUCUCCAUCUUGCCCACGCGGAGAUAGCCUACAACCACGUCGUCUCGCCAGCCACGGGGAUGUCGCCUUACUAUUGCGACCUCGGCUAUCACCCGCGUGUUCCCGUGGACUUCCUUCGACCGUCCCAGCUGCACCCCGACACGAGUUGUCCCGCGCUGGAUGAUUGGGUUGCACACAUGACGUCGAUUAUGAAGACCGCACAUGAGCAYAUAGCCGCUUCCCAGACUCGCAUGGCAGCACGUGCGAACCGAUCGAGGAUGGAUCACCCAUUCAAGGUCGGUGAUGAUGUGCUUAUCGACGCCCGCCACUUACAGCUCGAAGCGGACACGCUUCGCAAGUUUCGGCGUCGCUUCUUUGGCCCAUGCCGCAUCCUCCAAGCCAUCGGUUCUGAUACGGCAUYUAGCCCGGUCAGCUUUCGUGUGAAGCUGCCCGACUACCUACGUCAGGCUCGUGUGCAUGAUGUCUACCACGUCUUGUUACUGCGUCCUUACCGCAGACCGUCUGAGCGUUUCGCUGGACGACCAUACGAGCGCCCUCCACCCAUCAUGGUGGACGGCCACGAGGAGUUCCUUGUUUCAGACAUCAUUGGUCGCCGAGUCACCGACGACAACCCUCCCCACGUCGAGUAUCUCAUACGUUGGAAGGGUUACCCUGGUGAGGAGGCUACCUGGGAGCCCCUUGAGCACUUGCAGCACGCUCGCAUGUUGGUGCGUGCUUAUGACCGUGCUCGUCGUGCUGGGUUCACUGCUCCUCCUCAACCCACUGACCCUCCUCCUUCUCCUCCGGCUGAGGAGACCGCUGAAGUUGAGCCUGCUCCAUCUGAGGCUGACCUUCAGCAGCAGCCGGAUGCUUCUGAGCGUCCACAGCGCACUCGUCGUCGUCCUGCUCGAUACGACGAUUGACUCCGACUUACCUUCCCACGUCUUUGACUUCUCAGUACUCCAUCCACAUCAGUUUUGCUACUUCAGCU